AGAAGCUGGAGAGCAUCAGCACGGUCACGAAAUGAAUGCUGGGAGAGUAAACUGAAUGUUCCCUCCCGAAAAUGAACUGGAAGGUGGAACGCGGAACACAUCAUUUCUGUCUAUUGGUCGGUCCCGGGAGGAUGCCGGCAGCUCCGCCGGAUGGGUGGGGCGGGGCUGGACCCCUGUGGUCCGGCUCUAUUAUGUAGAGAUAGUUAAAGGGCUGAAUGUGAUUUCAUUGGUGGACGCUCUUCUUUGUCUUGGUCUAUGGAAAUACUUGUUUUAUUUGGAAUCUCCAAAGGACCGCGGGAUUCUGAGAAGGAUUCUCAGGUUUCCCAGACUGACCCGCGACCAAUAGAGAGGUUCGGUGUAGGGUCCCGAUGGACUCUGGAUGGUGACGGGGCCCGUUGGCUGCCUGGCCCCUCGGUGAGGGGGGGCAACCCAGCUUAAGGCAGAUAGAUGGCCGGGUGCCUAAGAGAGACGCGGACUCCGAAAGACCUUCCUCUGUUACUCUCAGGCUUCUCCAGUUGCGAGGAAAAGUUCCCAGAACCAGUUGGCUCUGGGUGCGAAGGAGGCCGGGAGAAUGCGACGGAGGUGGCAGGGAUGGGUUCGUCCGCCAGCCCGCCCCAGGCGUCGGCCCCCACGCUCCGAGCCUCAGUUGUUUAUCUUGGCCAGUGCCGGGUCCUUGGCCGAUCCAACGAGGAAGAGAUGGAGGGAUGUCGGAGGGUCGGGUUCCACCCGCGCCUUAGGGCGCUGAGCGCCCGGCCAGGGCGCGAAGAGAAGGCGGGGAUGUGGGUGGGGCUGAGGCCAGUAUAAAAGAUGGGUGUUCCUUCGAAGCGGGUCACCGCGGAGAGCACUGACAGCAGAGGCUGGAUGGGAGCCCACCCUCUCAGAGCUCCCCUCUUUGAGAUCCUGCCCGAGCCCCUCUACAAGAGAAGUUACUGUUAGAGAUAGCUGGCUGAGAAGCAGAGUCUGACAACAGGACCUCAACAUGGCCCAUGUGUGUUGCCUUGGGCUGAUAUUGAUGCUGGUGCUGGCAGCUGUCCCUUGGGCCCAGGGGAUAGAAGAUGACACUGGCACGAAAGAUGGAGAGAGGAUCAUUCAAGGGGUGGAAUGUAACAAGAACACCCACCCCUGGCAGGUGGCCCUAUUCGAUGGAAAUCAGUUACACUGUGGUGGAGUGCUUGUGGCAGCAAACUGGGUACUCACAGCUGCCCAUUGCCGGAAGGGUAGUUAUAAUGUGCAUCUAGGCAAACACAGUCUGAAAGGAAAUGAGAAGGGGUCCCAAGUGAUACGGGCCACCAGGUCCUACCGGCAUCCUCAGUAUUCUACUGUGACCCACGCCAAUGACUUCUUGCUCAUAAGGCUAUCGAGGCCAGCCAGGAUAGGGCCCACCAUUAAGCCUAUCACAUUACCCUCCCGUUGUGCUCCACCUGGUACCUCCUGCACUGUUUCUGGUUGGGGUACCACCACCAGCCCAGAUGUGACAUACCCAGAUAAACUCCAGUGUACAGAUGUGAAACUUAUCUCCUUUUCGGAAUGCAAGAAGGUUUACAAGGAUCUGCUGAAGGAAUCCAUGCUGUGUGCUGGCAUUCCUGGGUCUAGUACAAAUGCUUGCAAUGGUGACUCUGGGGGCCCCUUGGUGUGUAAUGGAGUCUUGGAGGGCCUUGUGUCAUGGGGAACCUUCCCUUGUGGCCAGCCCAAUGACCCUGGUGUCUAUUCACAAGUUUGCAAGCAAAUGCCUUGGAUCCUGAGCGUGAUAAGGAGAUAAGAAUGACUCUGUGUGAGUGUGUGUGUGUGUGGUUUUUUUUGGGGGGGGAAGAGUACCUGGGGACAGAACUCCCAAUAAAUGCUGUCUGUCUGUACAAACCA